CAGUGUGUGUUUGGAGAACUUCUUGUCACAGGCUACUUGGCGCCAUGGACAGCGACUUCGACAUGGACGAGUCGGACCUCUUGUUUGGUAACAACGAGGACUCGCACUCUAACGACGACGACCGAACGGCUGACGAAGAUGGGACCGCCAGUGGCUCCGACUUGGACGACGACAUCAUGCAACAGUUGCCGUCGCGCCCCACCGUGAAACCGAUGGCUGGGCUCGCGAUUCCCACCGGUCCAGCAGUUCACACGGCAGCGCCGGCGCUCAUGCGUAGCCGUUCGAUGCCCAACACGGCCAACUUUAUGUCGUCCAACGAGCAAAAGUGGCGUGCCAAGUACCUGAGCGCAUUGAAACUCCCGUCGACGGCGGUGACAGUAGCUGUCGACGAGAAGACUGCCGCCCUGCCGUCGCCGUCCGUGCUGAACAACAUUCCACGCCAUUCCAAAGCUAGUAGCGCCUUGAGCCCUUCGGUUCGCAGUGUCCGAACUCGCAAAAUGUCAUCCGAGCCGAUCGGCAUCCCUGCACAGCAGCUGUCGCAAAGUCUAUCGAAUGUCCAGCACCUGGACUGGCGGCGACUCGAGUCGUCGGAACGGUACCAGCGCAACUUGAACCAGUACGAACUCGACGAUCACCGCGGUAACUACGAGUUUGUUCCGCCGCAUCAAAUGGUCCAGCGAGACUGCUUUUCGCUGGGCAUGAAGCAUCAUUUCAAGCCCAAGCAGGGUCACAUUUAGGAACCCGUUGCCUCAACCUGUGUGUGCCGAUAGAAGACGCCAUGGAACGAGCGAGCAAUGUCGAAGGAUGCCAUCUAGACUAAGUUAACAUGUUGGUGUGAAGUGUCUGUUCUGCCGCGGCCAGUUAGCGUCUCUUUCUCGGUCGUGGACAGUCACCCUGAGUCGAAACUUUCACCUG